AAGAGAAAUAGGCCCAGAUUUGUUUUCCGUGAGCUUACAGUUUAACUGAGCAAAUAAGAUAAAUGCGUACAAGUAGACAGCAGCCCAUUAUUAAAGGGUGCCUGUCCCGUGAAGAGAGCUCCUUAGGUCGAGUGGAUCAGAGCAAGCCUUACGCAGCAGGAGGAUGUGAUGAAGCGGGCCCUUGCGGCGCCAGCGAUGGGGGGCCUCCAGCCUGGGGAAGGGGCGCGCCACAGGCAAGGUGGCUGGCGAGUCAAGCAACAGAACAGGAAGAACUAAGGCUGCUGAGAUCCGUGGGGGGCAGGGGCUUCCAAUUAGGAAGGACUUUGAAAGUCAAGCUGAUCUCGUGGAUUUUGUCCUUCAGAAAGAGGAAAGCCACUGAAAAAGUCCGAGCAGAAAAAUGUCAUGACGAUGAGGCAUUUCAGAAAGAUUAAUCGUACCAGACAGUUGAGAAACCAGUAAAGGAGUCUUGGGCUUCCAAGGUGAAGCUCAAAGGAGUGGCCCAGUAGGGGGGGCGAGAUGGGAGGGGGACCUGAGCUGUGGACUCCCCCCCACACUGCCCCUCCUUCCUUCCUACCCCGCUCCCUAGGGCUGAACACAGUUCCAAAGCCAACACUGGCAUGUACUUUUUUUUUUCCUUCUCAAUCUUAAGCCCACUACCGUUGUCAGCUCCUCUGCCCCAGGUGCCUCAUCUUGGGAGCAGACUUUGAAAGUCUUAACGGAGGAGGGGACUUGGGAAAACCUCAGCUGCUGGAGGGCUCGGGGUUCCCAUGUUAAAUCAGCUGCUUUCCGUGUUGGGAACAUGAAUGACAAACUGGUCUGUAAUUGUUACCCUACACCCAGAGCCACUUAAGUGCUCUUCCCACCUUUGCCCUCAGCUCUCAGGCAUGCCACACUGACACACACCAAAAUGCAGAGGCCUUUGCUGCAGGGAGCACAGCGUCUUAAAGCAUCUUAUGCCCUAUUUAUGCAACCAAAUAGCCAACAGUAAGAGAGUAAUAAGUGAGUAUAUAGUCCUUUCAGAGUACUAGGCUACCAUGCUAUCAAUAGGCUGAACAAUAUGAAAUUAGGUCAGAUUUGCUGCUUUGUAAGGUGCUCAGAGCAAAUUCCGAAUACUGGAUUCCCGUAGCAGAAACUGGGAAGUCUACUGUCUAGAUGAGGUUUUGUCCUGUUAUUUCUCAAUUGCUCUCCAUUUUCAAUAAAACCUGCCUUCGUAUGUGAACGUGACAACUCGCGGCUAGGCCAUCCACACAUCCUGAAAAUUCACCUGGCUACAACUGCAUAGUUAUAGAGAAUUCUUAAACUCAAGAUUAAGAAUGACCCAAAAGAAAUCACAGCUUUGUUCCAGAGCCAAUGUUUAUACUCAAGUGCCUGAUGGAGGAUGGGGCUGGGUGGUAGCUGUUUCUUUUUUCUUCGUUGAAGUCUUCACCUAUGGCAUCAUCAAGUCAUUUGGUGUCUUCUUCAAUGACUUAAUGGACAGUUUUGAUGAAUCCAAUAGCAGGAUCUCAUGGAUAAUAUCCAUUUGUGUGUUUGUCUUAACAUUUACAGCUCCUGUGUCCACCGUCCUGAGCAUUGGGUUUGGACACCGUCUGGUGGUGAUGGUCGGGGGGCUGCUGGUCAGCGUGGGCAUGGUGAUCGCCUCCUUCUCACAGAAGGUCUACCACAUGUACAUUGCCAUCGGCAUCAUCUCUGGUCUGGGAUACUGCUUUAGCUUUCUCCCAACUGUCACCAUUCUGUCACAGUACUUUGACAGAAGACGCUCUGUGGUCACGGCUGUUGCUUCUACAGGAGAAUGUUUCGCUAUGUUUGCUUUUGCACCAGCCAUCACGGCCCUGAAGGAGACCAUCGGCUGGAGGUACAGCCUCCUCUUCGUGGGUCUCCUGCAGCUCAACCUCGUGGUCUGCGGGGCGCUGCUCAGACCUAUCAUCAUCAAAGGACCCGGGACCCCCAAAACCACCGCCCACGAAAAUCGGAAAGAAGUGCAAUACAUGCUUGAGAACGAGAAAACCCGCACCUCGAUAGAUUCCAUUGACUCAGGAGUAGAACUAACUACCUCACCUAAAAACGUGCCUGGUCACACGACCGUAGAGCUCGAGCCCAAGGCCGACCUGCAGCAGAUCCUGGGCCAGCCCGGCUCCAAGCCCGGCUGCCAGAAGGCCCCGCUGCUGGACUUCUCCGUUUUGAAAGAGAAAAGUUUUAUCUGCUACGCGUUUUUUGGUCUCUUCGUCACCCUGGGGUUCUUCGCCCCGUCCUUGUACAUCAUUCCCUUGGGCCUCAGUCUGGGCCUGGACCGGGACCGCGCUGCUUUCUUAUUAUCAGCGAUGGCGAUCGCAGAAGUGUUCGGGAGGAUCGGGGCUGGGCUGGUCCUGAACAGAGAGCCCAUCCGCAAGAUCUACAUCGAGCUCAUCUGUGUCGUCUUACUGACCGUGUCCCUGUUUGCCUUUACUUUUGCCACUGAAUUCUGGGGUCUCAUGUCCUGUAGUGUAUUUUCCGGGAUUAUGGUUGGGACGGUGGCGGGGACCCACAUCCCGCUGCUCGCUGAGGACGACGUCGUGGGAAUCGAGAAGAUGUCUUCAGCGGCUGGCGUCUAUGUCUUCUUCCAGAGCAUCGCGGGACUGGCUGGACCGCCACUUGCAGGGCUUCUGGUGGACCAGAGCAAGAUCUACAGCAGAGCCUUCUACUCCUGUGCGGCUGGGAUGCUUGUGGCCGCUGUGUGCCUCGCCCUCGUGAGACCCUGUAAAAGGGGGCUGUGCCGCCGUCCCCGAGCCGGGGAAGGGAAGGCCGAGAGUCACCGUGGGAAAGCUUUACAAGACAUCCCAGAAGACUUUCUUGAAAUGGACCUGGGGAAGACUGAGCACAGAGCUCCUAUGAAAACGGAGCCCGUGUGAUACGCCUGUCAUUCACACCAGCCUCCCUGGGGGCUGGAGAGGGUGGGGGACAGGGGACCCAGGGCAGCAGAGAUGUGGACCACCCACCCGCUUUCCAGACUACACUCUAAAGGGAAUGUAUGCGUGAACACCACUACCAACAUCCUUCUUUUUUUUCUUGUAAGUUUUCCUUUUCGCUUGUUUUUUAAGCCAAAACAAAAACCACCGAACACCCUUUCUGUACAUCAACCUGGCUGUAUUCAGUAGCAAUACGAAGAUGCACAGGACUCUCGGGGUCGCAUUCCGGUUUUAAGAGUGACAUGAAUUGGCAAAGUGGUUUUAAGAGCUCUCACAUGUGAUAAACUACUAUCUUGGAAAAGGACAUCUGGCCGAGGCCACUGCAAUGAAAUUGGCCAUUACAAAAAAAAAAAAAAAAAGCUUACAUCAUUUAAAACAUUUCUAAUUUUCAGAAAUAUGAACAAAUUGUUUAAAACCCUUUGAAAAAUACUGAGGUUUCCAUUAACAAAUUAGGGCCUCUGAAUUUUCCACAUAGUUCAUGGAAAUGAAGUACAGUUUGAGACCAAACAUUUGGCUAGUAAACGGAAAUUUUAAAAAUAUAUGUAACUUGAACUUCAUAAAUGUGAAGAUGACCACUUUUUUAUGGCCAGUCACUACCAGAAGCAUUUCGAUACAGAACACACAGCACAGCAUUCAAAAAUGUGUUUCCUAUUGCUUUUAAUUAUUCAGAAAUAUGUGAUUGUAGUGUCUUUAAUUUAAACCGCUAUUUAUUAUUAAGUUAUUCUAGAAUGAAUAAAGUAAUCAAAAGAAAGAAAAUCUGAGACAUAAGCAGAAUUUCUACCCCCUUUCUGCAAUCCUUUACAUGCCUCAAAGAAUACUUCUUAACUUGUAAAGUGACUCUCGUAAAAGGCCAAGUUUAAGGAUUCUUCAGUUUGAUUAACGACAACGUGCGUCAUUUCAAGGGGGGGGGAUGAUGAUGAGUAGCAAAUCGCCUUAGCUUUUUUAAAUGAUUUGUUUUAUCACCUAAGAAUACUUGAGGAUCUUCUUUGAUCAGAAUUAUAUUUCAUUGAAUUGUUGAAGCAUUUCUGAUUUUUUUUUUUAAUCUCACCGUUGAAGCAUUUCUGUAUUUCACGUGGGAUAGCAGAGACAUUUAUUUUACCAUCAUGAGUUAUAUCAUAUAAACCCUGAUUGCUCUACGUUACCAGAGUUAUCGGGUUAACUGGUCACUGGGUUUUUUUUGGAGUUACAUUACAUGUAUAGUAUUUCUCAUGUGCACAUUUUUCUGUAAAAGGGCAAGUAUGAGGGUAACAGGUUGGCUGCGUACUCAUAAUGUCCUGAAUCUCACUCUACAGGUGAUGGUCAGUACCGCUGCUCCAUCUUUAUUCAUUUACUGUUAAUUUAUGACAACUCAGGGGGAAAAAAAAUAUAACAAGCCUAGUUUGGUUACAGGUACACACAAGCUUGAAUAUUUCUCUGCACUGAAAUGAAAGUGGCAUAGUUCAUCACCACCUGCUACGUUUCUGUACAGUGUUUGAUCAGCCAUAGAAAUAGGACAAUCUGUAAAACUUUGGGGAGGGGCUGGGGAGGAAAUGACAACGUGUCUGUCAAAAACAGACACACCUAGAACAAGCUGGAUGUAGCAAAUCUCUGUCACUACCAGAGAAGGACUUGGAGCUUGUGGCACUUUUGCAGACUUCAUGACUUCAGCACUUUACAGCCUUUUUUACUAUGAAUGUUCAAUACAACUUAAUAUUUAUAUCUGGUUUCAGAGCGAUCUGCUUAAGACGUCCAUUCUGUUAAUUGCAUGGAAAAUAAAAUGUAUGCCAGUUUCAGUAUGUCAGUAAUCAAGGUUUUAAAUAUUUGGCAGAAAAUGAAAACAGGAUUGCUGAUUUGUUCUGUAUUCUGUGACAUUCUGGUACUUCUAGAUUUGCAAUAAAUGUAUGGCUUUUUUAUUUAAAGAAA